GGCUGCUGGAAGCAGCAGCUUUGAGCAGCGCGGAAAGACAAAAAAAAACUGAAGAGAAAUUCGAGGGUUUGCUGCAGCAGCAGCAGCAGCAGCUGCAGCAGGCCCAAACCCUCGCGCAGGACCUGCAGCGCGAGGAAAGCCGGCUUGAAGGCCGCAUGGAAGAAAUAAUGGCUUCGGCAAAGAGAGCAGCAGCAGAAAAAGAAGCGCAAAGUGCUUCGGCCCUAAGCAAGGAAAGCGCCAGCCGCGUGAAGCAUUUGCUGUUGCAGCUUCAGCAGCAGCAGCAACAAACAGCAGCACUGCAGCAGCAAAACAGCAACUUGAAAAUGCGCUUCGAAAAAGAAGCCCAAGAAGCUUGGGGGACAGAGCAAACCCUCAGGCUGCAGCUGCAGCAGCAGCAGCAGCAGCAGCAGGAAACAAAUGCUAAAUAUGAGGAGCUGCUAAGCAAUUUUAACACGCUCCAACAGCAGGACGAAGCGCUCCAGCAAGAGCUGAGCAGCGUGAAGACUCAGCUUGCUGCUGAAGAAGAGAGAGCAGCAGCAGCAGCAGCAAAUCUGCAGCAGCAGCUCGAGAGACAGAAGGCAGCACUCGAGGAAGAAAAGCAGCAGGCUCUUGCUGCUGCUGCUGCUGCAGCAGCAGCAGCAGCAGCAGCAGAACAAGCAGCACUGAAGCUGCAACAUGAAGAAGCACUUGAAGAGGCGCAGCAAACAAAAGAAAACGAAAAAAAAGCCCUUAAGGCUGAGCUGCUGGCUUGCCACACAGCGCAGCUGCAAGCUGUGUUGUGCAACCACCGAUCACAGCAGCAAGAAAUAGAAGAGAAGGGGAAAAGAGUAGCAGCAGCAAUUGAGGAGAGGAUGGCAGCAGAAGCAGCAGCAGCAGCAGCAGCAGCAGCAGCAGAGCUCAAAGCAGCCACAGAUCGGGCCGCUGAGCUGCAGCAGCAACUUAAAACCACCCAGGAGGAAAUGGAGAAAAGUCACGGAGAGGUGCAGCAGCUGCUGGGGGCCUUGGCAGCAGCAGAAGACCGCGAGCGUUUUGCUGCUGCUGCUCUCGCAGCAGCAACAGAAAGACACAAAGAAGAGUCAGAAGAAAAAGAAAAAGAAAUCAAACAAAGAGAAAGCGCAAUGGAGCUUCUCAUGCAGUUCAACCAGCAAACACUGCAGAGGCAGCACGAGGCAGCAGCAGCAGAAGCCGAGAAGGAGCACCAAGCAGCAACAGAGCUGCUGCAGCUGCAGCUGCAGCAGCUAAAGGAGAAAAUUGAAAAGCAGCAGAAGUUAAUCAGCAACAGAGAAGCUAGGCAAGAAGAUGUAGAAGCAAUACAAACCCUCCAAAAGUCGCUAAAGGAAUCUAACGCCGUCCUUGCUCACCGGGAAGAGCAAAUUCGUCGCCUCAAGUUGGAGCUGAUAAUCCA